AAAAUUAUAAAACAGUCUUGUGAAUAAUCCAAUGAUAGCAAAGUAAAAAAUUAAUUGCCAUUAUAAUUUGAUUACAUACGACUAAAGUCAAUAUCCUAAAGCCAGAGAAAAAAGUUAAUUUUACUACAUAUACUCUACCAAAGGUACCUGUCCCACCGCUAGAGCAAACGAUGGCCGACUAUGUGCUGGCUCUGGAGCCCAUCACGACGCCAGCGCAGCUGGAGCGGACCAAGGGCAUCAUCAAGCAGUUCUCGGCGCCACAGGGGCUGGGACCGCGACUGCAUCAGUACCUGUUGGACAAGCGCGAGGCCGAGGAUAAUUGGGCCUACUAUUACUGGCUCAACGACAUGUACAUGAAUGUCCGCAUCCCCUUGCCGAUCAACUCGAAUCCUGGCAUGGUCUUUCCGCCCCGUCGCUUCCGCACCGUCCACGAUGUCGCCCACUUUGCAGCCCGUCUGCUCGAUGGCAUUGUCGCCCACAAGGAGAUGCUGGACAGCGGCGAGUUGCCUCUGGAGCGCACCGCAUCUCGUGAGAAGAAUCAGCCGCUCUGCAUGGCCCAAUACUAUCGUCUGCUGGGCUCCUGUCGUCGUCCGGGCGUGGAGCGUGAUUCGCAGUACUUGACGCCCCGUGAGAAGCCCAUUGACAGCGAUGAGGAUCGCCAUGUGGUCGUCAUCUGUCGCAAUCAGAUGUAUUGCGUCGUGCUGCAGGCCAACGAUCGUGGCAAACUGUCGGAGAGCGAGAUUGCUUCGCAGAUCCUUUACGUGCUCAGCGAUGCUCCCUGUCAGGCCGGCAAGCCGGCGCCCAUUGGACUCCUCACCGCAGAGCCGCGCACUCGUUGGGCUCAGGAUCGUGAGGCGUUGCAGCUGGAUGAACGCAAUCAACGCAACUUGGAGCUGAUUGAGACGGCGCUGCUUGUUCUCUGUCUCGACGAGCCGCUGGGCGUCAAUUUCAAUGCUCGCGGCUUCAGCGGUGCCACGCCCACUGUGCACACUGCCGGCGAACGCGACGAGACCAACAUGGCACACGAGAUGAUCCAUGGCGGCGGCAGCGAGUUCAACUCCGGCAAUCGCUGGUUCGACAAGACAAUGCAGCUCAUCAUCUGCACAGAUGGCACUUGGGGUCUUUGUUACGAGCACUCCACAUCUGAAGGCAUUGCUGUGGUGCAGUUGCUUGAGAAGAUCUACAAGAAGAUCUUGGAUCAUCCGGCCGAUGACAACGGCAUGCCACAGCAUCACUUGCCACCGCCCGAGCGCCUCGAGUGGCAUGUGAAUGCUCAGGUGCAGCAACGUUUCACUCAGGCGGCCAUCACAGUGGACAAGGCCAUCGAUAAUCUGGACUUCUAUGUGUAUCGCUACAAGGGCUAUGGCAAGAACUUUAUCAAAUCCUGCCAGGUCAGCCCAGAUGUCUACAUACAGCUGUCCCUGCAGCUGGCCCACUUCAAACUCUAUGGCCAUCUGGUGGCCACUUACGAGAGUGCUUCCACCAGGCGCUUCCUACAUGGUCGCGUGGACUGCAUACGCGCUGCCAGCUCCGAGGCUUUGGAAUGGGCCAAGGCCAUGUGCCAGGGCGAAGGGGCGAAUGUGCCGCUAGAGAGCGAUCGCGAGGACGACGAGGAGGAUGCUCGCAAAGUCAAAUUUAGCAUUUAUAGCAAGGACCAUCUGCGGGAAUUAUUCCGCUGCGCUGUCGCCCGCCAGACUGAGGUGAUGGUGAAGAACAUUCUGGGCAAUGGCAUCGAUAUACCGCUGCUGGGUUUGCGCGAAGCUAGCCUGGAGGUCACCGGCGAACUGCACGAACUCUUCACCGACGAAGCGUACAAGAUAUCGCAAUGCUUCCUGUUGUCCACCAGCCAGGUCGCCUGCUCGACUGAUAGCUUCAUGGGUUAUGGUCCGGUGACGCCUCGUGGCUAUGGCUGCUCCUACAAUCCACACACGGAUCAGAUUGUCUUCUGCGUGUCGGCAUUCUAUGCAUGCGAGGAUACGAGCGCCUCGCGUUAUGCCAAAUCGCUGCAGGAUUCGCUGGACAUUAUGCGGGAUCUGUUGCAGGAUUAGAGAUGAUUGGAUUCCCAAUAUAACGAAACAUAUCAGUAAACGUACCUUAGCAACUGUUGAUCCUUGAAGAUCCCUGACUAUACGACGACUAAACGCGUUGUGUUUGUAAUGUAAAUGUAAACCGUAGUUAACUAGCGUCCACAUGACGUCAUCAGUUUAUUGGAAACUUUCGAGAGUUGUCAGCAAUCAUAUCAAACUAAAUGAGAUUGAUUGUUCGACUGAUGUCAAUCAUACCUAUACAUAAUCAUAUUUGAAAACGAAAAAUGAAAACUAUGCAACUCAUUUGCUUUAAUUCCCCUUCCCUUAACCAAUCGAAGAAAACUUGAACUAAACUAACUGAAUUAACUAACUACUUAGUAGAUGACAAAGAGCAACUCUAGUCAAUUAAAUGUUUUAGAUCAAUUUUAUGCGCAAAAACUGUUAGUGCUGUUAAUUGAAUGUGUUAAUUAUGCAAUAUUAUUAUUAGCCGUGUUAGAGAAGCUUAAGCCUGUUCAACAAGCAGUGUAACCAUCAAUUUGGCCGCCACUGUAGUGCAGCCGCUCAAAAGUAUGCAAUACUAUUUGUUCAAUGUUGUGUUUGAAUUUCCCUCACGAAAUAUACGAAAUGUUAUUACAAAUUUAAAAUAUAUACAUACAUAUAUGUAUAUUAUGCAAAUGCUUGUUACAACUAUCGUUCUGUUGCUGUUUAAUGGAAAAAACUGAUGAAAACAAAAAAAAUUACAAAAAUUAUAUUAUUGUUGAUGGCAAAGAUAUCACAAUGGCUUUUUAGAUGAAUAAAUGUUGAUGUUAAACUAAAUACAAAGAAAAGAAUAAUACUACACUAAAUUGGCGAAUCAUUGUACGUAUUAUAGACUUGAAAAGUAACAAUACAUAUCAAUAAAUUUAUAUACCCUUUACCGAAACAAAUAAAAAGGUCAAAACAUAUCAAGCAGAACGAAUAUGAAUGAAUAUAUAUUUUACCUAUAUGUUUAUGAAUAUAUUGUACUAAUUGUCGAAAUGUUGUUUUGUAGUAAAGAAAUUACGAGUAUGUUAUACAUCUAUCUACAUAUAUGAAUAUAUAUAUAUAUAUACUUAUACAUAAAAGAGAACUUCUGAUAUAUGGAAAUGUUAAAGGAAAAAAGUGUCAUAGAGAAUAUUACUUAUGUACCACUUAUAUAAUUGAAUUUAACUAGUUGCUGUGUUCAUUGUUGCUAUAUCUGUACUGUAUUAAAUUCUUAUGUAUUUGUUAAACUGUUAAAUCUUCCCACAAUCCCAAAAAAAUAA